CUUCAACACCUGCCUCCUCGAGUCGCCCGGCCAACCUCUUUCUGCUGCAGUCCCUUUUACUCACCCAUCACACACUCUGCCUCUGAGUGAAAGCUCGCGCACCCCGACCCUCGCAGAGAUCCGCCUGCGCGCGCUGUGUGCUCGGCCGUCCAGGCUGCGACAAGUCCCCAUCAUGGGCGUCUCAAUCAUCGACGUGCAGCGCGACAUCAUCCUCAACACUAUAAAGAGCACCACUCGCGGAGACUGGAAAGUCCUCGUCGUGGACGAGAAGAGCCGCAAGCUCAUCGACAAUGUCGUUAAGGAGGAUGACAUACUCAACGAGAACAUCACCAACAUCGAGCGCAUCGAGGAGCGCCGGCCGAUGAACAAGGACAUGGACGCCAUAUACUUCCUCACCCCAGAACCGCACAUUGUCGACUGCAUCAUGGCCGACUUUGAGCGCCGGAGAUAUAGGGGCGCCUUUUUAAUAUGGACUUCGUUGCCAGCGCCAGCUCUCCGAGAGCGGUUGGAUCGAUCUCAGAUGGCUCAGCAGCAGAUACGCAACUUCAAAGUCAUGCAUCUCGACUUCCAUCCUCGCGAAUCCCACCUAGUAACGUUCAAGGACCCGUGGAGCUUUCCGGUGCUCUACCACCCCGCUUGCAACAAUCUAGUCCGACAGCAUAUGGAAGACAUUGCAGAAAAGCUAACGGGUGUUUGCGUGGCCUUGGGCGAAUACCCGACAAUCCGUUAUUACCGACCGCGAAAUCCCACCCACGAAGCCAGCGUCCUUUGCUCCCAUCUUGCGCGUUUCGUCCAAGAAAAAUUGGACAUGUAUGCUCAGUUCAACCCCGACUUUCCCCCGCAGACCAAUCGGCCUAGGGGAGCACUCUACAUUACUGACCGCGCUAUGGACCUGUCUGCCCCCUUGAUCCAUGAGUUUACUUAUCAAGCCAUGGCGCAUGACCUGUUAAAGAUACAAGAUGGAGACAAAGUAACGUACAGGACUGUUGUGAACGAGGAAGAGCCAAACGCUGAGGAGAAAGACAUGGAGAUUAGUGAAAAAGACAAGAUAUGGGUUGAAAACCGCCACCGCCAUAUGAAGGACACUAUCGACAAACUGAUGGGUGAUUUUCAAAAAUUCAUUGCCGAAAACCCACAUUUUACCAAGCAAGAUAGUCAGAAUGCAACUGGCGUCAAUGGUCUGAAUGCGAUCAAGGAUAUGAUCGCUGGUCUUCCUCAAUUCCAGGAGAUGAAGGAAGCUUAUUCGCUACAUCUUACCAUGGCACAAGAAUGUAUGAACAUUUUCCAGCACAACAAGCUCCCAGAUCUCGCAUCUGUGGAACAGUGUCUUGCCACCGGCCUGGAUGAAGACUAUCGUAAACCCAAGAAUCUGGCAGACCAAGUAGUGCGAACUCUUGAUGAGCAGAGCGUCACGCCUUCGGAUCGCCUUCGCCUAAUAGCACUCUACCUCCUUUACAAAGAUGGCCUCUUCCCGGCGGACCUCACCAAACUUCUUGCUCAUGCUCAACUUCCUCCACAAGACGGCGAGGUCAUCAACAAUUUAGACCUCCUUGGCGCUCGUGUAGCCAAGCCCUUGAAAGACAAACGAGAGCCUCCUCCACCCCUCUUCCCACGGAAAACCACACCGCCGCCAAAUGCAGAAGAGUACGCAUUGUCAAGAUUUACAACAGCCGUGCAUGACGUCCUCGAAGAGCAUGUACGUGGCACACUCCCUCAGGACAUUUUCCCAUAUACAAAACCACACACCGAUGCUGCUGAGCCUGGGUUACAAGAAGCUAUGUCCGCCGUCUCUCUCCGCUCCGCAAAACCUACCUGGGCAAAAUCACGUCUCUCGAGCGUAGAACCACGACAACGUGUUAUUAUAUUCAUGGCUGGUGGAGCAACGUACUCCGAAUCUCGCGCCUGCUACGAAAUCUCACACAAGACAUCGAGGGAUAUCUUCCUCGUCAGCUCCCACAUGAUAACCCCAGGGCUUUACCUGAGACAGCUAGGCGAUCUCAGUCAGGACCGUCGCCGAUUAGGUAUCCCACAGGACGGCCCUAAGCCAAAGGCGCCAGCACACCUCUUCGAGCAGCCGGAGCCACCGAAGCCAGCAGCACCGCCAGCAGGUGCUAAGCCAAUGCCGCAGAUUCCGGGCGGAUUACCAGCAAGACCUAGCGGUAGACCCAACCCACCAUCAGCGGGUCUAGCAGCAGCGACGCUGAACUCCGGUCGGACACAAGGGGGCUCGCAGGGCGGACAAGGUAGUCAUCUCGCGGCUGGCAAAGAUGGCGGAAAGAAAGAUGGAGAGAAGAAAAAGAAAAAGCAUCACUUCUUCGGUUCGAAGUAGUUACGGCUGUGCGUGCAGGGCUUCAUGGCACUAUGGUUUUUGGUGUCUGAGGAACUGGGUAUGUCUUUACCCUGUGUGCCGUGGCGUCAUUCGGAUUACAGGAUUGCAGCAUUUCUGGCGUUGCUAUGUUGUAGGCGGAUUUGCGAAUACCACGGGAUAGAUAAGCAUUUAGAUAUCAAUGCUCCCUUAUGUGCGGAUAUGCUAAUCCUAGUGCGACGGACUCGUAUACUAGUUAAUAGAUUGCAGGCUCUAGUUUAUAGAUGGUUGUCGCGUGGAUUGGCUCAACAAGUUCCCCAAAAGACCCAGAGAGGGAGGUUUACUAU